CUGCUGUGGCCAGAAAUAAACCAUAAAUAGCCCUCUGGCCUCCACCCGUCGCUCGCCAGGCCUCCACACCCACACAGGAGACGGAGACAAAGGGAAGACCGGGAGAUUGGCUUGGAGCAGGUGCAGGGACACACGAGGCAUCCAGCACCAAAGUAAGAAAACAAUGACAGAACAACAAGGAACCCCAGACCAGUUCCCUGCAGAGAAGGGCCAAGGAGGAGCUGGAGCUUCAUAUAAGUUGACGGUUUUUGAGUUUGAGAACUUCCGCGGAAAGAAAGUGGAAUUGUCCGGUGAGUGUAAGGAUGUGCUGGAGAAGACCCAGAGAGUCGGCUCUGUCAUCGUGGCGUCUGGACCAUGGGUGGGUUUCGAGCAUCCCGGUUUUGCAGGGGAGAAGUUUGUUUUGGAGAAGGGGGAGUAUCCCCGCUGGAGCACCUGGACCAACUGCCAGAGUCACUACUGUCUGAGCUCUUUCAGGCCCCUGAAAGUGGACAACGCAGACCACAAGCUGCACCUGUUUGAGAACGCAGGCUUCGAAGGCAGGAAGAUGGAGAUUGUCGACGACGACGUACCCAGCCUGUGGGCUUAUGGCUUCCAGGAUCGCGUGGCUAGCGCCAAGGCCAUCAACGGCACGUGGGUGGGCUACAUGUAUCCGGGCUACAGGGGGCGCCAGUACGUGUUUGAGCAUGGAGACUUUAAGCACUGGAACGACUGGGGAGCCACCGCGCCUCAGAUCCAGUCCGUCCGACGUGUGCGGGACAUGCAGUGGCACAAGAGGGGGUGUUUCGUCACCCCGACGCCUAAUCCCAACCCUAAUCCCAAUCCCAACCCCAAUCCGGCUCCUAACCCCACUCCCAUCCCCAAGCCUUCUGCCAACCCCAAAACCCAGCCUUAACCCGACCAGGAAAACCACCUCCAGCACCUCCUGGGACAAACUGAAGGCAGUCAAGUCUGUCCCACAUAACCACUCUUUACUCUUUACUCAUUACUGGAAUGAAGCAAGCAUCUAUGACUCAAAAUAAAGGUUUUGGCCCCA